CUUCUGUCGAGUAAACGGCAGGAGCGCGAGAGAAGAAAGAUCGUUACUCCUGCUGUAUUUAUCACUUUCAGCGCGGCUGUCGCUUCUUGUUGUUCGCCGAGAUGACGAAGCGCUGCUGCUGCUGCUCUGAGGGAUUUUUUUUUCUCCUAAGGAUUUUUGCAUUUGGAGGUAAUGAGCGUCGCGGGGCGGAUGUGUCUUGAAGAGGAUGGAGAUUGAGAUUUAAAGGUGCCCGAUACGAUCUGAAAUUACUCGGGGGGUGAUUAAGUCUUUGAAUCGCGCAGGGGGAGAUGAUGAGAGGGCAGUUGUCUCGAAUAUAACGGCGAAUCGUAGUUUACGAGGCUUCGAGGCAUAGAGCCGGUAUACGGAAUUAAUCAAUCAAAUAGAUGUAAAAUCCUCGAAAAUUCACCCUCUCCUAAAAAGGAGCGCCCGGUAGCUCGGAAGGCCGCGCAAUCUCGCGGACGAUCGGCCGUCGCAAGGUUACUGCCACUGUCGUCCAUAUAGGCGAGCUGCAGCGUAUACAUAAGAGAAGCAGCACGACGACGACGACUGAGCCGCUCAGCAGUAGCCGAGGCGUUGACGAGGGGCCGCGAUCGUAAUUACAUCGGGCGAUUCGCGGAAGAAGCGCCGGUGUACUUGGCAACGACCUGCUGCAGUGUAGUGUGCAUGUGUGUGCGUGUAAGUGUUUACCGCUGCGACCAAGAAAGAGAGAGAUGUGAUCGCUGAAUGGUACGCUGAAUUGCAUUUGCUUUUUGGGGAUAUGGCUCAGAGCCGAGAGGUGUAUCCGUGAAAUUACAAGGGGAGCCCUGUGUACUUUGUUGCUUUCAAGGGACAAUCGGGGACCUUGUGUGACUCUGUGUGUGUGUGUGGUUGUUGUAGGGGGUUCCAUGGUUCAAUUCGGUUUGAUAGCUCUUGGAAUUGCAUGGGAGUAUUGUGUGGGUGGCGAUGUUUAAUUUUUCAGUACUCUCUUGGAUAAUUAUUACAAGUUGGCCACGUGUAACUAGGUACGGUACAACUUUUCACAUGUAUAUCUCUAAAAGCAGUCGUGCCUUAAAACCACUUAACUCUAUUACUCACACAUGAAACUACAAUCUCCGCCCUCACCGUUAUCAAUCCAAAUUCGUCAAUCCUCAAGUCCCCGUUCAAUCUGCGCCACUCAAAUCCGACACAGCAACAAAAUUUACGACCAUCCCAUAUCAGCCGCUCUCACAUCCCAUACGUUUAUAACGACCAAUCCCCGAACGAUUUUUCUCCAUCGCUCGAUUAAAAUCCAGAUCCGCAAACCGCUCACAGCCAGAGAUCGAGGGAUCAAAUGGCGAGUGACUAAAAGCGCCGCUCCGAUUUUAGCUGGCCCGCGCGCAAACGAAAGCUUCCCUCGGAAUGUACGCGCAUAUAUCUAUCUAAGCUAGCCGCGGUAUCAAAAUAUAUGUACAUACAUCUAUGCGCGGUCGCAGCCAGUUGAAUCAAGACAGCCCGAUACGUACACUCCUGCGCUGCUGCUUCUUCAGCUCUCUUUCCCGAGAGGCAGUUGGCCAAUAAUAGUUGAGGUAUUCGCCGUGACGCCGAAUAGCUCUAUAGCCGCGCUUGUGCAGUGGACUUUGGGCGAAAACGGAUUGGACGGACAAGAGCGCGCCUUUAAUGUUGCGCGAAUUGGCCUAUGAAUUUAUGAGGCUUUGCGAGUGUAGUACUAAGAAAUCGAUUUGGUGGGACUAUAUGUAACGGAUAAGAUACCGAGUCUUCUGUUGACUUUACAUGAAUCAGUCAUUUUUCCUACUUCCUGUACACGCGUUUAUCAGCUUCAUCUAUACAGCGCGCAUGACUCAACCGAAAGGCUGUAUAACGAGCGAUCGCAGCAGUGGAUAAAUCACGAUUCACAACAUAACCAGAGCGAAAUCAAAUCGAAUCAGCCGCUCGCUCAGGCAGUGCAGCAAACGAGUCUCGCAAGGAUGAGUAUAGAGAGCACAAGGGAUUAACUGUCCUCCGCAAGCCAACUGCGGCAAAGCUUCUCGCGAGGCCCUCGAUUUCACGAAAAUCACGCCGGUCUGUGCACUAAUUAAGCGAGUUCUUUAAUUAUAGACCGGCCCCCGAGUGAAUGCAAAUAGACGACGACGAAAGGGAGAGAGAGAGAGAGAGAGAGAGAGAGAGAGAGAGAGAGAGAGAAGUGGUGCGGCUUACGCGUCUGAUUAAAAUAUUAUGGGUUAAACGCAGUGACGAAGUCGCGGAAAUAUGCGAGAAGAGAGAGAGAGAGAGAAGGAGAGAGUGCACGGCUUGAGCGAAAUUUAAUAUGUGGAUGCAGCUUAAGAACGUGCGAUUUUGUAGCGGUAAGUGGUGACGACCGAGUAUGGCAAGAUUUUUAUCCUUCGCCUUAUCGCUGGCUAAUUAGUUGAUAACUAUACUUUCGAGUUGCAUCGAUAAUAUACAGAACGUCUUCACGACGAAAAUAAACACUCCCGCAAUAAACUCAUAAGGAUCGAAAAAAGCAGCAAAAGUUCCGUACCGUCUCGGCGCACGUUUGAGUGGGCGCCCGCCCGACGCGGCGCCCGCGCUAAUCGUCCCUCGAUGCUUUUUGCCGCGAGCACUUCAACUUGAAAUUGCGCCUUCAAGUGGUCGUUGUCGAGCGGCUAAUUUUGAUGAGGCUUUUUUUCGACCGGCCUGUUUACGAGUCUCGAUAUUGUUCCGCGUUGUUACGAGAUGAUGUGUCAGCGAUGAAUAAUGGCGGAGAAUUGAAAUUUUGGAUGCUGCAGUUUUAUGGCAGUAAAUUAAAUUGUUAUUAAGAUUUCUUAUAAAAAAAAUGUAGUUUGCAAGAAUCGUCGGUCGUAGAAUUCGCAGUUUUUAAAAGAGCUGACUAACAGGGAAUAACAUAAAGAUAAGCGAAUCGAAGUGUACGUGCGAUGAUGAGGCCGAGGAUGUGACGUCUUGCAAGUACAUAAUGACUUUUCUGGAAUUUUUGAAAAUAAGGCCGAAUUCUUUGUUAUUUUUAAAACUAUCAAAGAGCCGAUAAACAGUACGCUUUACGACAAUCGUAUCGCGAGAUGCUAUUCAAUUGAUAAGGUUGUUUGAGAAAAAUAGUAAUAAUGAAAAUAAUUCAUGGAAAUAUUACAGCCUGGUAGAAAGGCCGACUAUAUAAGCGCACCUGACAGAGCACAAUGCAGGAGUCACGAAAUUUCAUUCCAUUAUCGCGGAAGCUCCGAGGGCUCGUGGCUUCGAGGACUUGUGUUUGUCACUUUCAUGGUCAUAGAAUUCGGUCCACGUGUGGAUUGAUUAUUAGUGAGUUUCUUACUUGGUUAGCGUUGAGUACUGUAUGGUUCAUAAGUUGAAGAUGACGUUCUUUUCGAUGCUAAGUUUGCUUAUAUUAAGCAUUAUUGGUUGCUCCUUAUCUGGUCCCGUAGCUAAGAAUAAUUCUAGCAAUUUAGUUGAUAGCAACAACGCUUGCAUAGAUUAUUAUGAUAGAGCCUGCAAAAAUAGAGAAAUAUUUAAACCAUUCAGCAGGAAGACGUAUGAAAGCAAUAUUGAUGACAAUUACAAAUAUUUAAAACAAAAAUUAAUAGAUGUGCUAGCAUCUAACGAAAGCAGAUUGGAUUUAUUCGCAUACGAAUCACCUGCGGUAGAGCUAGAGCAACAACUUUAUCAUAGCUGCAUGGGGCUCGGUAGUGCAGAGACCCACGAAGAUGAAGACGAUAACUUACAUGAUAUGAAAUCCUUAAAAAAUUCAUUCAUUUCUAUUUUGCGCAGAUUUGGAAGUGAACUAGAUGAAAAUGUAAAGUGGCAGGAUCUAAUUAAAGAAUUAUCCAAACUUGGAUUAGGAACCGUUUUAUUCGAUAUAAGCGUCACAAAAGAUCCUGAAUAUCCGAGUGAAAAUAUCAUCGUUGUUCGACCCCCAUCACUGGCAAAAUGGAAUUCUAUAAAAAUUGUAGAUACAAUUAUGGAAAUGUUACACCUUAAAAUAAAAAAAGUUUACGAUUACUGUGAAAAUACUGGACAAUUGAAAAGUAACGCUAAAAAUAGUUCCAAUGAACUUCAAUUCGAUGAUGAAUCUGCUUUUCUGGAGUCUACGGAAUUCAUAAACAGUCAGUCUACUGAAAAAUCUGUUGAAGUUGAACCUAUAUGCGAAGGCUUUGAAGGGCCUGAAUACUAUAAGUCUGAAUUAAGAGAUGAUUUUCCUUUGGUUUAUAUAAAUAGGUUGAUUAAGCAUAUUGUAGGUGCCCUAACGAAGAUUGAUGAAAAACAGCCAACAGAAAUAGAUCAUGAGAAGUUUACAAUAAAAACUUGGAACGAAAGAUAUAAUCAAUUUAAAAAAAGUAAUCGUUCAACGAUUAAUUGGGUUCAAUUGAUACAGACAGAAUUUAAAAAAGUUGGCAUUACGGUUGAUGAUAACGAACAAGUGUUGGUAUAUAAUCUAAGAUAUUUUACAAAACUGGCUAAAAUGUUCGGCGCUAGUUACGUAAAAAACAGUCACAUAGUUGAAAUAGUUUAUCGUAUAAUUGUGGCUGAAAAUAUUAGAUAUUAUGACUGGGAAUUCGCUCAAAAAUUAGGAUCUUUUGACAAAUCGUCCUUUUGCUUCGAUCAAACGAACCUUUAUAGUUUAUCAGAAGUCGUAUUAAAGACCGCAAUAAGAAGAGAUCUGGAUCCUUUUACUCUUGUAUCGCAUAAUAUUAUCGAUGGUAUAGUUCAAGUUUUUGAUACAAAGAUUUCCAAAGCUCAUGGACUGACAGAAGCAGAUAAAGCUUCCUUGAAGGCUGAUCUAAAAGCCAUUACAAAAAAUGCAAUAGAUAAUAACGAUAUUGAUAUUCAUUUUAAAUAUGAUGACAUCGAGCUUACAGGUGAUUACUUGGUUGACAUCCACAAAUACCGAAAUAUGAUGAAAAACAGGAUUUUAAGUGGCUGGAGAAAUAAUUCACCAUUGUCGUUUACAGAACCAUUCAGUUUCAAUGAUCUCGGAAAUAACCGAAAUCGUUUCACCCUUUACACGAUGUUCGAAGCUGUUAAUCAAGGCAUUCUUUACAUUCAUCCUUUUAUUGGAAAGGAAGCAUAUUAUGCUACUUAUGGAGUAAACAUUGCAAGGUUUCUGCAUACUUUGUUAAUUGAAAGACAGUAUGAAAAUGUCCAUGAUCGUCAUGGCAGCGAAUGGAUUAUUCCUCGGAAUACUUAUUCGUCUAACACAGUGAAAUGUUUCGUACCAGAAAACGUCACGGGAUACGGAUAUCAACUAGCCUACUCAACUAUAGCAGAAAUCUUCAGCGUGCGCAUAGCCUCCGAAGCUAUGCAAAAUGAUGGUGAAGAUCUUUCGCUUAAUAAAUUCUACAGAGCAUACGUAAAGACACAAUGCGAUGCAGAAAGCAGAAUGGUGAAAAGAGUCUUAUCGAACCUCAACGAACUACCCGAAGCUCUGAAUUGUUCUGCCACAGAAAUGCCAUAUCCUAAAUGCGAAAUGGAUAUUUUCGAAAAGUAGUAACACGACGUCGAAACUACUCACGGAAUUUUCUCCGAAGCAGACACGAAUAUACCCCAGCAAAGAAAGUCGACUUCCAGCGUAAUCCAACACUUCUCCAGACUUUUGUAGAUCGCGUAUCGUGAACUUGUUCGCCGACUGGAAUUCCGAAGGAUUAAUCAGCGCCGAGAAUUGUCGCGUGAUUAUGCAAGUCGAUUCGAAGUGACGAGGGAUAUUGCGAAUUCAGCGGGAAAGUAACUCUCGGCGUGUACUGCGAGAUCUUUUACAGCAGCUUUCUAAACAACUUGCGAAUUCGCUCUUUCUCCUCUAUCACUUUCGAGCCCGUUCGCAUGCUCGCACUCAAUUAAACGUAAUUUAUCAAUUAUAAUGUUUAAACGCCGCGAGAGAUACUUCAAAGAAGUGCUUUUCGUUUACACGAUGAAUAAAAACUUUUCAAAAAUAAAAA